AUGGCUAGCACAGUGAUCGGUGUGAUACUUGUCGUCUGGACCGCCCUGGCCGGAUGGACCGCGGCGCAGCAGCAGCAGCCGGCCGCCCUGCCCACUGCCGACGAGGUGUACAGUUACAUAGCAAGAGCAGUUCAUCGAGAGCUACAGCCCGUCGUCAGCAAACUCGAGUCUCGGGUGGAGUCCCUGGACACCAGACUGACUCUGCUUGACUCCAGGAUGAGUACGCUGACUGCCCACGUGUUGACGAACCGACUGGGAGUCUACCUCCUUCUGCCCAGUGGCGACAACAAACAGCCACCCGUUGAGGCCUACUGCGACAUGGAAUUUGCCGGAGGGAACUGGACGGUGAUCCAGCGGAGAGACAAUAUCGAGCCCCGCCAGGAUUUCUACCUGGGAUGGAAGGAGUAUAAGGAGGGAUUCGGUAACGUAACCCAAGAAUUCUGGUGGGGCCUUGAGCACCUGUUUCAGCUGACGUCAUCAGACCGACGUUACGAGCUUCGAGUUGAUCUUGAGGCGUUCGACGGCAGUCGACGAUACGCUACCUACCAACAGUUCCGUAUCUCGUCUGAGCUGUACGGCUACAGACUGAGCGCCUCUGACUACUCGGGAAAUGCCACGGAUGGUCUGAAGUAUGCCGUCAAAAGGAAGUUCUCCACCCGUGACCGUGACCAGGACGACUGGGGUGACGGUCACUGUGCACAGGACCAUCAGGGGGCCUGGUGGUACAGCGGGUGCGGGUGGAGCAACCUGAACGGACGGUACCGGGACGGCGGUGAUGUGGACAAGACGGGAAUAUGGUGGUACAGGUGGAGGAGAUUUGAGUCACUGAAGAAGACCGCAAUGAAGAUCAGGCCCACCUAA